AAGGUUUCUGUAUCCAGACAUUUCAGUUUAUUGCAAAGUUUCUAAUCAAACGUACUAUAAAGAAGCAUUAAUUUAGUGCUUAAACAUUUUAUUAAAAAAGUUUUAGAUCCGGUACGGUUUACAUCUAGAUAAAAAGGAUUACCAUGAAACGCUUCAUAGUUUUGCUGCUGUUGGUGGGUGUAGUUACAGCUACUCCUACUUUACAUAAAUUGAAGAAGAAGUUAUUGCUUGGCGGUGGCGGAGGAGGAGGUGGUUUUGGUGGUGGUUAUGGAGGCGGCUACGGAGGUGGUGGCGGCGGUGGUUAUGGUGGUCAUGGCUAUAACCAAGGCGGUGGCGGUGGAGGCUACCAAGUCAUAGCUGUUAAACAAGUUCCCGUCUAUACCGUACAAAAAGUUCCUGUUAGCUACGGUGGUGGCGGCGGCGGUGGUUAUGGUGGCGGCGGUGGUCAUGGAGGCUACGGUGGUCAUGGAGGCUACGGUGGUCAAGGUUAUAGUGGUGGUGGCCAAGGUGGAUAUGGCGGUCAGGGAGGUUACGGCAGCCAAGGAGGUUACGGCGGUCAGGGAGGCUAUGGCGGUGGUGGCCAAGGCUCUUAUGCCUCUAGCAAUGCCGGUAGUUAUGGUAGCGGUGGUGGCGGUUAUGGCGGUCAUCCGGGUGCCGGCGGUGGUUGCAACUCCUGUGGAGGUGGUAAUCAACUUUAUGGCGGUGGUGGCAGCAGCAGUGGUUCUUAUGCUACAGCCAGUGCCCAAUCAUCGAGUGGUAGUUACUCGCAUGGUUGGUAAACCCAUCGGAUUUGUAAAAUGUGUUGUUAGUUUAAGUACUUUGUAAAAUAAAUUUUGUAAAAAACUAGUC